AUGGUAAAUUAUUCAUGAUUUUGAACAGCUAAAUACACCUUUACCAGAAAAUAGAUAUUUUGAGGGCUUUUAUAUCUUUGGAAUUUUUACAAAUAAAUAAGGUAUAUAUAGAGUAUUAACAUUGCCAACUAAUCAAGGAUCAUAUAUGAUAGCAAUUACUGUAGAAUUAAUUCUAUUUAAUAAAAUGCCCUCAUCAAGUAGCAUUCAAUUUUUAAUAAAUAAUACUUAUUAUGGACAGAUAUAUUCUGACGAAUCAGGAUUAGUGAAAACAGAUAAAUUAUUUUUAUAUUGGACCGAUAAUCGAUAAAGUGCUACAUAUAAUGAUAUUUCAUAUACUAAUAAUGUCUAUCACACUUUGUAUUUGUAUGCAAAUAUAACAGAUACUUUUGUUAUCAAAAUUAUAGGAAAUUUUUCGUAAAAUUUAUUGAUAUUUUAGAGAUCAAAAUACUGGUUGGGGAUUAAGAGGUUGCAAUGUAUAUUCAGGUUAUUGCCCAAUAAAUUGUUUAAAAUGUGAAGAAAAAUUCAAUUGUUUAACAUGUUAAAAUGGAUAUUUAAAAUCAAAGUGGGGCACAUGUACUUAAUGUUUAGGUUCUUAUUAGUAAAAAAUAAAUAGUACUCAUUGUUUGGAAGAUGAUGAUGAAACAAAUUGUAAUUAAUUUGAUUAUAAUAGAUUCUAAAUAUAUUAUUAAAGAAUUUAUAGAUUUAGCAUUAGAUAAUGAGACAUAUCCAGAGUAUAAACUUAUAAAUGCGAAUGGAUCAAACUUUUUAAAAGGAGAGGGAAUCUAUUAUUCAGUUUGGAAUUCUGCAUGGAGAAUGUUUGGAGGUCCAUUUAUUUGGGCAUAAGCAAAGUUUAGUAGAAAUAUAAACAUAGAAAAUCCUCAUUAUUCAAUAACAAUAUCUUUUAUAGUUGUAUUUGGUCCAACUUUUCCAGAUGAUGGUUAAUUUAUAUUUAGUUUAGAUGGUUAGAUUUAAAUAGAGUGUACUUCUUAUUAAUAAGCAGAAAUUUCUAUUUAACAUAAAUAAUUACAUAAUACAUCAAAUAUUUUAAUAGAAAUUGGAUGUUUAGGUGUGAACAAUGAGCCAAUUUCUGCUUAUUGUGGAUUUUAUUAACAUUAUAUAACAGUUCAUUAGUGUAAACCUAAUUGUAACUCAUGUUCAAAUGAUUAAAAUUGUCUUGAUUAAAAUUAUGUUGACUAAUCAAAUACUUGUCAAGAUAAUUAAUUUUUUAAUUAGUUUUAAUUACAAUGUUAGAAUUGUCCAUUUUCUUGUAUGACUUGUACAUCUUAUUAGAAUUGUUUAACAUGUAAGAAUACUUUCACAAACCCUUAAUAAGGCUGUAUUUGUACUCAUAAUUAAUAUUUGGAAUAGGAAUAAUGUUAUAAUUGUCCUUAGAAUUGUAAUUAAUGUAUAAAUUAAUAAAAAUGUACAGAAUGUGUGUAAGGAUAAUUUAGAAAAUUAUUUAAUAAUGAAUGUAUUUGUGAAGAUAGUUAUUUUGAAUUUGAAUUAUUGUGUAAAAAAUGUAUUUUGAAUUGCAUUAAAUGUUCAUAAGAAACAUCAUGUGAAAUUUGUUAAACUGGAUAUAUUUUAAGUGAGAGUGGAAUAUGCAUAUAAUAAUCAAAUACUUAUUAUUAAGCAACGUUAGAUAAAUUCUUGGAAUGUCCAGUAUCAUAAUUAUGUAAUCCUUGUUAAUAAAUAAAUACUUAAUGUACUUGUGGUGAUAUGAUAAUAUCAGGAACAGAAUAUUGCGAUGAUGGAAAUCAAAUUGAAUUUGAUGGAUGUCAUAAUUGUUUAUUUUCUUGUUAAAUUGAAUGUACAAAAUGCAUUUAAGGAAUAUGCUAUGAAUGUGCCACAAGAGGUUGGUAUUUAGAUAUUUCUAUGCCAUAAAAUUAUGUAUGUAAAGAAGUUUGUUUAGAUGGAUUUGUAGUAGGAAGUGAAAAAUGUGAUGAUGCAUUAUAAGGUACAAGUAUUUGCAGAAAUUGUUAAUAUUAUUGUAGAUCUGAUUGUUUAGAAUGUAACUAUGCUAAUGGUAAAUGUGUUAAAUGUAGAGAAGGAUUAAUAGGGGAAAAUAAUUAUUGUAAAAAUUAAUGUGGAGAUGGAAUUAAAGUAUAUGCUCCUGAUAUUCCUUUUAAUGAAGAAUGUGAUGAUGGUAAUCUAAUAGAUUAUGAUGGAUGCAGUAGAACAUGCUAAUUUUAAUGUUAAAAUAACUCUAUUUGUGACAUUUGUUAGUAUAAUAAAUGUUUACAUUGUGUAAAUAAAUAUUAGCUCAAUCCUUCUUUAAAUAGAUGUGAAUGUGCUUAAUCAUGUUAAUUAUGUGAAUUAAUCACUGGAAAAGGAUGUUUAUAAUGUAAAUCUGGAUUCAAAUUAAUAGAUAAUGAAUGUUUCACUAUAUGUGGAGAUUCUAUGAUUACUUCAAAUGAAUAAUGUGAUGAUGGCAACUUAGAAUAUGGAGAUGGAUGUCAUCAAUGUUAUUAUAAUUGUGAAUCUUAAUGUUUAGAAUGCAUCUAUGGUAAAUGUUUUAAAUGUAUUUCUAAUUAUCAAGUUAUUCAUGGAAGAUGUUAAUAAAUUGUUGAUUAUUAUCAUUAUUUGAAUCCUACUUUUAUUGAUACUCAAAUCUAAUAAAAUGAACAUACACAAUAGUUUUAUUAGUUUUAUCAAGAUUAUGAAUACAAUAUUUAUCUCAAUAGAAUUAGUUUAGAAUCACUAGAAUAAAAAAUACUAUUACAUAUUCAAUAAAAUGAAAUUGUUUAUUUCACUUAUUUAUAUGCAAAUUGUAAUCACUCCUUUUUCUAAACAGAUCUAUAAAUUACAAAUUACCUUACAAAUUAAUAAAAUUAUCUGUAUAGUAAUUGUUUUAGUUAAACUGAAACUUGUCCUCUUAAUUGUAUAACAUUGAAUAAAUAAGAAGGUUCGAAAAUAAAUUAAAUUAGAGAUUGUUAUAAUCAAAACUUAUUAAUAUCAUAUUACAAUUCUGAAUAUUGUUAUCAAAAUGACUUUGAAUGUUUAUAGAAUUGUCCAAUAAAUUGUUAAAUCUGUUAUUAAGAUUCUUGUAUUUUAUGUUAAAAUGGUUACUAUUUGCAUAUAAUUAACAAUUCUUGUCAUUCUAUUUGUGGAGAUAAUCUAAUCAUGAUUGAAGAAUUUUGUGAUGAUGGCAAUAAUUUAAUGUUUGAUGGUUGCUAUUAAUGUUAAUAUUAAUGUUAGGAAUAGUGUAUAGAUUGUCAAUAUGGUAAAUGUAGUCUAUGUUAAUAAGAUUAUUUUUUAGACAUAAAAAUAGAAAGAUGUUUAGAUUAUACGGACUGUGAUGAAUUACAAGGCUUUUAUUAUAAUUAAUCAAAUAAUUUAUGUUUUACUUAAUGUGGAGAUUCAAUUAAAGCAGGUGAUGAAUAAUGCGAUGAUGGAAAUAAUAUAGAAUAUGAUGGCUGCUUUUAAUGUUUAUAUUCAUGUAAUUAAUACUGUAUUAAAUGUGGAUAAGGAGACUGUGAAUAAUGUUAAAUUGGAUAUAAGAAACAUAAUUUAGAUUGUAUUCCUGAUUGUGGAGAUGGAAUCAUUUUAGAUAAUGAAUAAUGUGACGAUGGAAAUUCUCUAUUAAAUGAUGGUUGUACUAAUUGUAAAAUUGAUAAAGGAUAUAAAUGUUAAAUUCUUGAUUCAAAAAGUUUUUGUUUUUAAUGUAAAUCUGAAUGUUCAGAUUGUGAAUUUAAAAAUGGUUAAUUACUAUGUCUAAAUUGUAAUAAAGGAUAUUUUUUCAGUUUUGGUCAAUGUUUAAAAUGUUCUGAACAUUGUCAAGAAUGUUCAAACACUCCUAAUAAUUGUACUAUUUGUAUAAUUUAAAAUUGUUAAAAAUGUCAUAAUAAAGAAGGAUAUUAUUAUGAUUUUGAUUAAAAAAAAUGUAUUACUAAAUGUGGAGAUGGUAUUAUGGCUGGAGAUGAAUAAUGUGAUGAUGGUAAUCAUCUUAAUUAAGAUGGAUGUAAUUCUAAAUGUUUUAUUGAAAAAGGAUAUAAUUGUAUUUUAAAUUAAUGCAAUUUAAAAUAAGAAAAAAUUAUUUAAUAUUUUUAUCCUAACUCUAGUACUUCUAAUUAUUUAUAAAUAAAAAGUGAAUUCGAUUUUCAAAAUUCCUGCACAAAAAUCAAAAUUAAUGUAGAAUUUUUUUAAAAUAAUGAAUUUAAUUAUUCAUUAAUAUUAAUUCCUGUAUAAAUUAAUAAAACAAAUCAAAGUGAAUCAAUUACUUAAUUUCAUGAAUGUCAAAUUUAAUUUAAUUUUUUCAAAACAAUUACUGAAGUUAAUUUAAUUCAUUUACUCAUUCCAAUAACAAAUAAUUCAUCCAGAAAUUUAGAAGAAGAAGAAGAUAUUAAAGAAAUUAUUAUCACUCCUAAAAAAUAAGUGUAUUAUAAUGAGGCAUAAAAAGCUUAAGCAUAAACAGUUGUUUCUACUUCAAAUCAAUUAACUUUCCUAUUAUAAUUAAUUGGCCCAUUAACUAUUUUAUUUGGAGGUCUUAACUUUUUUUGGACUAUUUUAGACAUUCUAACAUGGAUUAAUAAUUUUUAUUUUCUUAAUGUUGAUUAUCCACUUAAUGUUAAGUUGUUCUUUUAAAAAUUAUAAUGGGAUGACAUAUUUAAUAUACCAGAAUUUAUUUCGUUUAAUUAACCAACAGAUACUUAUUAUUUUGAAGCACCUCCAAAAUUUAACGAAAAAAAUAUCAAUCCUCUAUUAAUCAAUAAUCUACAAGUAUUUGGAUGUCUCAUAGUAUUGGCUAUUUUAUUAUAUUUUAUAACUUUAGUCUUGAUUAAGAUUUUUGAAAAAAAGUUUAAUUAAAAAAAAUAAAAACGAUAAGGUAUCACUGUUUUUACUAUCUGUUAUUAAGAGACAAAUAUUUAAACUCAAGAACAAUAAUAAUAACCAAAAGAGCCAAUUUAAGAAAGGCUUUCAAAACUUCCUAGAUUUUUUGACUUCAUCAUUAGGUAAUCAUAUGAAUACAAACUCACAUUUUUAUCUAAAAUAAUUUCAAUUAUAAAUUUGUUAUUAUUAGAUAUUUUUAUGGCUUGUAUUCUAUAACUAACUUGUGAAAAGAAAGAAUAUAAUUUUAUGGUGACUAUUAAUAAUUUUCUAGCAAUUUUAGGUUUAAUAUUAAUUUUAGUAAUGUAUAAAUUAUUUGAAUUUGUUAGUUCAAAACAUUACAUACUAUUAGAUCAUUUCAUAUUUUAAAGGAAAUAUCUUUCCCUUUAUGAUGGAAUAGAUUUUGGGAAUAAAAUUGCAAAGAAAUACUGUUAUUUUAAUUUAAUUAGAAAAAUAGCUUUUAUAUUUUCCAUCGUAAUGUUAUAUGAGAAACCAGUUUUAUAAACAACAUUUUGUUGUUUAUCUUGUUUUAUUAAUUAAGCAUUUUUACUUUAUUAAAAUCCAUUUAAUUCAAGAAUCGGAUUAAUUUAAACAGCUAUACCAGAUUUUUGUAUAUUUUGUAUAGUUUUAGUAUCAGUAUUAAUUUCUAUAGAUGAUAUGACAAAUUUUUUGAGUUUUGAUUAAAAAUACAACAUCGGAUGGUUUAUAAUAACUUUAAUAGGAUUAUCAAUACUGAUAUAACUUAUAUUUUUGUUAAUAGAAUUUUUAUAGAAUCUAUUAACAAAUUUAAGAGGAUUAAAGUAAAUGUUUUGUAGAUGA